AUGCCAGCAAGUCAUGCCAACAGAUGGCAAAAGGACGAAGAUAUCUUCGUCGCUGCCCUCAGACUCGGGACGAACUUCGACUGGAAACAGAUCGAAGUCGCAUUCCAGAGCAUUUUUGAAGGCUCCACCGCCACCAAGAAGGACCUCGAGUCCCGAUUCAACAAGAAUCUCAAGCCACAGCUCGACAUCCCCAGGGAGCAGCGGACAGUCGCCGAUGCCAUAGAUGAUUACCGUCAUUAUGGCAGAGUGACCUAUCCUGAGGACCAGGUGGUCGUUGACAAGGCUCUCGAGUAUCUCGGGAGCCUAGAUCCAGAAGACCGUCUGUGGUAA